GGUGGAAAUGGACUUGGUUUAGGUGCAAUAGGAUUUGAUUGGAAUGCUUGUAUUGCCUUUUUUGGUUCACCUAUUCUUGUUCCAUUCUGGACUCAUGUAAAUCUAUUGGUUGGAUUUAUAGUUGUUAUUUGGAUUGUAACACCAAUUAUUUAUUAUUCAAAUACAUGGGAUUCAAAAAAAAUGCCAAUUAUUUCAAAUAGAGCUUUUGAUAUCAAUGGUGAUUUUUAUGAUUCGAUGAAAGUUUUAAAUAAAAAUUUACUUUUAAAUGAAACAGCCUAUCAAAUUUAUGGUAAUAUUUAUUAUUAUUUUUAUAUCAAGAAUAAAUUAAAUAUUUGA